UCGCUCGCCUUCUCUCUGGCCAGUAGUGGUGGUGCACUGCUGCGCCGAGCAGACGAAGGAAUUCGCACGCACGCACGCACUUCCCCCCUAGAUCGAAGCUCCCGCCACCUCUCCUUGGCCGGCCGCCCGCCCGGUCUCGCUCGCGCUCCGGCAGGACGAUCUUUCGACGUCCCCAGGAGGAGGAGGAGAUAAUAGCACAGGCAAGCAAAGGCAGGGAGAGAUCUGGAAUUCUGGAUUCUUGUGCACUCGUUCUUGCGCGUGUGAGGUACAACUGUUUGGUUCUUGUACAGCUAGGAGCACUGCGUGAAGGGCCAGCAUGGGAGGCAUACUUGGACGCCAUGAUACCAUGAAGAGGAAUUCUCACGGUUCGAAGCUUGAGGCGAAGAUGGUGGAGGCCAUUCAGCAGAGAGCAGCACACGGGACUUCGCUGAAGUCGUUCGAUAGUAUUAUCAUGAAAUUCCCUAAAAUCGACGAGAGCUUGAGGAAAUGCAAGACCAUCUUUGAGCAAUUUGAUGAAGAUUCCAAUGGUGAAAUAGACAAACAAGAACUGAAGCAUUGUUUCCAAAAACUGGAAAUUUCGUUCACCGAGGAGGAGAUAAAUGAUCUCUUUGAAGCUUGUGAUAUAAAUGAAGACAUGGGCAUGAAGUUCAAUGAGUUCAUUGUCUUUCUGUGCCUCAUUUAUCUGCUUAAUGAACCAGCCGUGUCAGAGGCAAAGUUAAAGAUGGGGUUGGGAAAUCUUCAGGGAACUUUUGAGACGUUGGUUGAUGCAUUUGUCUUUUUGGAUAAGAACAAAGAUGGAUAUGUGAGCAAGGAAGAGAUGGUUCAAGCAUUAAAUGAGACCGCUACAGGGGAACGCUCUUCUGGGCGUAUAGCCAUGAGAAGAUUUGAGGAAAUGGAUUGGGACAAAAAUGGAAUGGUGACCUUCAAAGAAUUUCUGUUUGCAUUCACUCACUGGGUAGGGAUUGACGAAAAUGAGGAUGACGACAACGAAUGAACUUCGUCAAGAUCUGUUGAAGUAUUAGAACCUGGCCAGCCUGAGGAGGUUAUACAGUUUAGUGGUAAUGACAAUUAGUAUAUGAUGUUGAUUGGUUGUUUGUUGAUAACUUGAUAUUGUGCAGAUUCAACUUGAUCCUAGUAGAAUGUCUUGACAUGUCUACGGAUUCUAUGUAUGCUUACAACUUAAAGAAAGUGUUCCAUAAUAUAUAUUGAUCUGAACUUGUACAGUAACUCUGAUGCUUGUACUUCCAUUAUCCUGGACUUGAUGUGGAUAGAUGCUAUAAUUCAGUUGCAUGCUCAACGAAAAUAAGAUCAUCUUU